CCCCUCCCCCCACCGUCGUCCACGAUGUCGACACCCACCCCCUCACCGUCCUACAACGCCGGUGACAUCUCCUACAUCAUCCUCUGUACAGCCCUAGUAUUCUUCAUGGUCCCCGGUCUCGCAUUCCUCUACUCAGGUCUAGCGAGACGCAAGUCGGCCCUCUCUCUCGUCCUCGCAUGCGCAUUCUCCAACGCAGUAGGCAUCUUCGUCUGGUACUUCUGGGGAUACUCCCUCGCCUUCUCCCCCACAGCAUCAAACGGCUACAUCGGCAACCUCUACAACUUCGCACUCCAAUCCGCGCUCUCCGACCCCUCUCCCAAUUCUCCCUUCCUCCCAACCCUCCUCUACGCAUUCUAUGAAUCCGGUUUCGCUUGUGUAACCCUAUCCAUUCUCAUGGGUGCCCUAGCAGAGCGGGGUCGAGUCCUCCCUGGCGCUCUAGCGUUCUCCGCACUCUGGCUCACACUUGUCUAUUGCCCACUUGCAUACUGGGCAUGGGGCACGAACGGCUGGGCCUUCCGCUGGGGAGUGCUAGACUACGCCGGCGGCGGACCAGUAGAGAUCGGCUCCGGUGUCGGGGGUCUCGCCUACUCCUGGGUCCUUGGCAGGCGCACGGAACGCGAGCUCGUCAACUUCCGCCCACAUAACGUUGGAAAUGUCGCCCUGGGCACGUUUGUCCUCUGGCUCGGAUGGCUCGGGUUCAACGGCGGCUCAGCGUUCGGAGCUAACUUGCGCGCGGUGCUCGCCUGCGCCAACUCGAAUCUUUGCGCAGCGAUGGGUGGGAUCGCCUGGUGUCUCCUUGACUGGAGGGUGGAGAGGAAGUACACGAUGGUCGGAUUUUGCUCGGGUACGAUCGCGGGUCUCGUAGCUGCGACGCCGGCGAGUGGGUACCUCCCUCUAUGGGCGAGCGUCGUCCUUGGUCUCGUAGCUGGUGUGUCAUGUAACUUCGCUACCAAGAUCAAGUUUCUGAUAGGGAUCGACGAUGCCCUGGAUCUGUUCGCUGAGCACGCUCUAGCCGGUAUAAUCGGCCUGCUCUUCAACGGGCUUUUCGCCUCUUCCUCCCUCACCGCGCUAGACGGCGUGACCUCCAUCUCCGGUGGUUGGACAGAACGCAACUGGCGCCAGAUGUACGUCCAAAUUGGAUACAUCGCCGCCUGCUGCGCGUACACCUUCGUCGUCACCGCUCUCCUCGCCUGGGUACUCAACAAGCUCCCCGGCUGCGCCCUACGAGCAGGGGAGGAGGCGGAGAGGAAGGGGAUGGACGAAGACCAAGUUGGGGAGUUUGCGCAGGACUUUAUCGAAGUGAGACGGGAUUAUAUGGCUUGGGGACUGGGGGAGGAGAGCUGUGCCGCUAGUUUGGGGGAGAGGAAACGUCCCGUACCGGCGGAGGCGAGGCAUGAGGCGGUACUCGUGAGAGAGACAGAGGAGGAGAAGGAGGGUGGGGAGGCAGAAGGAGAUGUCGACCUAGGCGAACGGGCGAGGACGGAGGGAUCGGCUUCUACGACUGUUGCGGACAGUCAGGCGCUGCCUGAACGACGGAGUGGGUGGUUCGAAGCUGGCAGACAUCCGGAUCCGGAGAAGGAAAAUGUUUAGCUCGAGGGCUGGACAUGACGGACCGCUUGCAGGGUUGAGAGGACGGAUAUCGGAUGCUUGGAUCGACUCCCAUGGGAUGGACGAGGUGGAAGCCACACCACACCACACUUGAAGACAAAUAACACCACACUUGACAACGAAGCUACCACACUUGACGAAAGAAGACACCACACUUGACGACACCACAGACGAGAUAUCGCUACCGGUAGACGGUAGACAGUAAACCGAGGGGUUUAAGAUACCCUUCCUUUCAUUCCUUCCAUUCUAUCUUCUGGUGUAAAGCUAGAAAGCGCAAUCUUUAUACAGAUUUAUCGGG